ACGCAUGCUCAGUGAAGACUCUUUAUCGCCCGAAGAGCUGAAAACAAGUUGCAGGAAAGGAAGGGAGGAAGAAAGAAGGGGAAGCUAGACAUAUCAACUAUGCACGGUAGACUGAAGGUUAAGACCACUGCAGAACAGCAGGAGGCAAAGCGGAAGGAAAGGGAGAAGAAAAUGAAGCUCUAUAAUGCAGCUACAUCAAAGAUAUUCCAGAAAAGACAAGGGCAGGAGUAUGACCAGGAAGCCUUGGAGCUGACAGCACAGAUACUGAGUGCAAACUCUGACUUUUACACGUUGUGGAACUACAGAAAAGAAAUCUUUCUUGCAUUCAAGGAUAAGAGCACAGAAGAUGAGCUUCAUAAGCAUUUUGAAGAUGAGCUAAGCUUCCUGGAGGCAUGUUUGAAGGGAAAUCCCAAGUCGUAUGGUUGCUGGGAACACAGGUGUUUUGUGAUGCUGACCAUGCCACGCCCUGACUGGGACAGGGAGCUGAUGCUGUGUAAUAAAUAUUUGGAAUAUGAUGAGAGAAACUUCCACUGCUGGGACUAUAGAAGGUUUGUAGUGAAGAGAGCACAGGUGACUCCAGAGGCAGAGUUUGAGUUUACAACAUCCAAAAUCAGCAGCAACUUCUCCAACUAUUCCUCCUGGCACUACAGAAGUAAGCUGCUGCCUCUCAUACACCCAGACCCAAAACACCCUGGAGGUGUGAAGGAUGAUGUACUUAUUAAAGAGUUUGAACUUGCCCAGAAUGCCUUCUUCACAGACCCCAAUGACCAAAGUGCUUGGUUCUAUCAUAGGUGGCUAUUGGGCAGAGCUGACAAGCAGCUUGCCAUUGACUGUGUGUAUGUAUCAAGAGAACUAAGAAGAGUGAUGGUCAGACUUUCUAAACCAGCAAAGAUAGGAGCUGACCUCUCCCUGCAAGUGUACCUAGAUGGUGUCCAGUGUAUAGGAGAGUGGACCACACCAGCUGGCACCAAUGACCACUCCCUACUUUGGCUCUUUAAUCUCACUGCACCCUUGGAUGGUAAUGAGCAUAAAGUGUUGGUAGCUAUGGAGGGUAGUUCUAGGUCUUGCACACUGAAGGAUGGAGAUGAGAAGGCUAGCAAUGUGGAUGAAGUCAAACCAGGAACUCUGUUUAGCUAUCAACUUAGUGCUGCCACAAGUGAUACUCUUACACAAGAACUUGAUGCUUGUCAACAACUUUAUGAGUUAGAACCAGAUAAUAAAUGGGUCCUCCUCACCAUUAUGCUGUUAAUGAGAGCCAUAGAUCCACUCAAGUACUUGAAGGAAACCCUGGAACACAUAGACACCAUUAUCAAAGUAGAUCCUUGUAGGACCAACUAUUAUAAGGAUCUUAGUAAGUAA